UGAAAUAUUGCCCUACCUUUCAAACCGGAAAAAAAUGCACAAGCGAAUAAUAACAGUAUCGGAGAAAGUUCUCAAUGAGAAUCGAUUCAAUGAAGUGACGAAAAGGAAAGACACCGAAGAAAAAGAAAGCUGGUUCAGUCAGAGCUUUCGGGAAUUUUGUUCAGCUACAGCAUUGCAUGGGUAUAGUUAUAUAGUUCGAAAAGACAUUAGCAGAUGGGAAAGAAUUGGCUGGGCCGUGAUUGUUGUUGCAGCUCUAAUAACGUCAAUUAUUUUGUUGUGGGUUUCUUGGGAAUGGAAUGCUGAAACGAAAACAACUACGGUUAUUGAAAGUACCCAUUAUGCUGUCUCCAAUGUACCGUUUCCCGCCGUUUCAAUAUGCGGAAUGAACAGGAUCUCUCUGGAAGGGGCCAAUCGACUAGCUGAGAGAAUGAAAUUGCCAGAUAAUGUGACAGCGACUGAACUAUCCAAAAUGUUUCGUCUUUUACUUCAUUUUGAAGGCAUUUCAAAACCGGACCCCAAUGGCUAUGCACUGUUGAAUGAAAUUCUCAUCAGCAACAACAUGACGGUUGCGUCGGUUUUUAAGGAAAUUUCACCAAACUGUACGAAUAUGUUGGAACGAUGUAAAUGGAAAGGUACGCAAACAAGAUGUGACUCCUUAUUUCAAACAAUUUACACUUCAGAAGGAAUAUGUUGCUCGUUUAAUUAUCUCGGGUUGCCUAAGUCAAACUUUCCGUCGAAACUGGAGUCCAGUAAUCCAAAAUAUCCAAGACGUGUCACCGCUUGUGGGUACUUAACUGGUUUAACGUUUCUUGCAAAACCGUUUGUUCAAGAUUACCACAGCUCUUACUUAAGUAGUAUGGGCUUUCGGGUUUAUAUUCACAACUCGUACGAUUACCCGGAUGACAAUGCAGAGACGAAAACUGUUGGCGCAAAGCUGGAAGCGUUUAUAAGCCUGAGUCCAGAGUCAACUUAUAGUACCCCAUCAGUUUACAAUUUACCAUUGAAGGACCGAGAUUGCUAUUUUCCGAAAGAAGGGAAAAUGAAUACCAUGAGUCGUUACAGUUAUGUCAACUGCAUGGCUGAAUGUCGAAGUAAUCUAAUUUAUGAAUUAUGUGGAUGCGUUCCAUUCGAAUUUCCGAACAAUGGUACGCUUCCUACAUGUGCAAUGGAUAAAGUGGAGUGCGUCACAGAGCAUAAGCAAUUUUAUAGUGGUGCAUUACCUGGUGUGAAUUCGACUUCAGCGUCACGAGAGGAUUCGCCAUGCAAAUGUUUGCCAGAUUGUGAACUCUACCAAUAUCCGUCUGAAAUCAGUUCUGGCCGACUGAAUCGUACAUUUUCCUACAAUUCAAUGAAUUUUUUCAAAGAUAUUAAUUUGGAAGAUCAGAGUUUGAUUCAUGUUUAUUUCAUUGAUCUGGUGUCCACUCGGUAUCGAAAAGAUGUUUACCAGAAUUGGUUAGGUGUUUUAGCUUCCUUCGGCGGUUUGCUGGGAUUACUGUUGGGCUUUAGUUUCGUCACAGGAUUCGAAUUGAUUUAUUUCUUUACGAUACGUCCACUGUUUGAUCGGUUCGGUAAACGAAAACAAUAAAAAAUUAAUAUUUUUAAUUAAAUAUUUGUAUUUAAUUUUUGUUUGUUUGUUUUAAUCGUUAAGGCAAUUUAAUUAUACAAAUAACGUUUAUGUGCUUUUUUAUAGUUUUUUUUCCUUCAUUUUUGUUUUCUUAUUUCACUUAUAAAAUAAAAAUUUAAUUUAUAAAUUAGACUAAUUUUUAAGAUAUUUUUUUGUUCUAUAUGAUAAUAUGAUAAGUUUUGCAUAAAUAAAUUCAAAUAUUUUGUUUUUCUCUCUAGAUUUCCUUUUGAUUUAUUGAUAUUUAUAAUUUAAAAUAAUGUAUGUCUAUUCAUAUCUCAGUUGCUUGAAGUUUUCUUUUCUUCUUCAUAUUU